AUGUCUGAUGAUGAUGAAGAAGUAAUCGUGCCCGCGGCUCCCGUCACUGUAGACGAAAUGAGAGCAGCUGAGAAUCAAGUACGGGCGGUCAUGCAAUUCAUACCAAUCAAGGAAAAACACGUACUUUUCGAUCGCGACGAGCCAGUUCAACAUCGAGUACGUAUCAACGGCACGGUAUCCAGAACAGCAGUAGCGGAGGAAACUCCCUACCGCCUAUCCAAAAUGACAAUCUCGCGAGGGGAAGAUUUGAGAUUUUCGGUUGUGCAAGAGGGCUCUACGGACACUUAUGAAUGGAUUCUACACGCAGACAUAACGCAUAAAUCAAAGCUUGAUCAAUCGGGAAAUGUGGUGGAAACGAAACAGACGACAGUGUUACCUGGGGCUAAACUAGAUCGAUUGGGCAUUUUGAUUCAGUUUUAUACGGAAAAGUCGACGUGUCAAUUUCAGAAGUUGACGAUUAAGGGAUACCCUCAAAUAUGGCCAGCCGGUAAACGGCUCAAUGUCAGGCAGCUCGCUAUGGAGCUCCCUCACAACGAAAAUUUUAAUACAGUAUUGUUCAACGUCUUCCGCUCGAUUCGUAGAGCAUCAGUGGAAGAGGUUUCAUUGAACGUAUCGGCGGCAGUAUUUGUGCAUAUUGGAAAGGAUAAAUUGCUGAAAAGACCAGCUCUCCACUUGACACUCGACAAGUUUCAUAUCCAAGCAAUUAGAGAUAUCCAAACAAAAUGGUGUAGUUUAUCAGUGGGCAGCAAACUUCUGCCAAAGGAGGACUGGAAAGAAUUACUUGAGUACUACCUCACAAAGAAGCAAGCAGGUUGGUUUCUGCAAAUCGAGUUGGACAUUCACCCUUAUCUUUCGCUUCAUCAACUUGCAGCGGAAUUCAAUUGGGAGCUGAGAAGAUUUAAGGAUAAGGUAUGCUGCCAUCAAGUAGCUCGAAAUAACACUGAAGUAGUUCUCUACUUUGAAAACAACUACGUAGUACUCGAAACGGUGAAUCCGGGAGCAGUAGGAAAACCAUUACCAAAACGCUUCAAUUUGGAAAUUAUGAACAAGAUUAUCGCUCAUCUUCCUAUUAUUGAAAGAGACAUGAUAAAAAAUGACUUGUUCUGGGAAGCGGACAUCCCUUCUGUUUACGACGCCAUCCUUGUGAAUUUUAAUAAAUUGGAACUUCAGAUUGAGAAAGACGUUGAAAAGGUUGACAGUGAACUGGCGGCUUGUCGUAGAUUGGAAACGUUGUUCAAGCAUCCGAAGACCAUUACGGACAGCUUGAUAAUCUAUAGCUACUCCGAGCAUUUCCUGAACCUUCCAAGCAUAAUCAAUGUUCGUAUCUUGAUUCUGAUCCAUCACGAUCCGUAUCCGAAGGAGUUUUUUGGAAAGUUCAACGGCGUACAGACACUUUACUACGCCUCGUUAGAAAGUAUAAAAAAUGUACAAGCCUUGAAUUGCAAGAUCGAUUAUGAGAGUCCAUCUAGGCAAAUUCCUCGUGAAGCUAUGAACCAGCUAAGAAACAAUCUGAAAAAGCAGCUGGAGGAAGAUGAUAAAAUCGUUGGUUGCAAUUGUGACAACUGUGUCGAGUGCAUCAGCAGAGGCCACUAUGAACAGUUGAAAGAAAAUCCAGAGGUCCACGGCGAAGAUAACCCAGAAACCGUUGAUCUCAAUUCUGAACACCAUAAUGAGCCCAUCAACGAAGAUCACUAUGAGGAGGAGCACACUGAAGAAGAGAAUGAAAUCGUUGAUUGCAUUUUUGACAACUGCGUCGAGAGCAUCAACGGCGGCCACUCUGGGCAGCUAGAUGAGAAUCCAGAGGUCCACAGCAAAGAUAAACCAAAAAUUGCCGGCUGCAUCUGUGACAAAUGUGUCAAGCAAACGACUAUCGACGAGCCACAAGAAAAUCCCGAGGGCUAUAAUGAGGCUAACACAGAAACCUAUGCUCCUACUUUUGCACACGACCUAGAUAGAUCCCGUUCCCCCACGCCGGUUUACACACGUUCAGGAUCCCCAUGGCUCGAAGAACUGCAAAGCGAUGAGCCAUCUGCUAAACGAUCACGCUUGGAGCGAUCGGAUAAUCAACCUAGAUACCGCCAUAAAGGUUCAAAAUCUCAAAGUCCGCAAAGAUCUGGCAGCAUGGAGAUAGUUGAAAACUCCCAGAAGGUUCCUCCAAGUAUUCCAAAACCCAUCGAAUCGCCUGUUCCCACUCCAAACCCUGCUAUCCCGGAGCUAUUUGACGUCAACCUACUAGACCUGGAGCUUCCUGCAAGUAUUCCAAGAUUCUUAGAAGAGCCACCAGUUUUCACUCAACCGGAACUACUUGAAGACAAUCUAGGCACACUUGCUUUGGAGCUUCCUACGAGUAUUCCAAGAUUCAUUGAGGAGCCUUUACCAGUUUGUGUUCCACGUUACCAGUUUGUGUUCCACAACCAUCAGGGAUCAGCCAAUACUGAAGAAUGCUUCUCUCCAAUUUAUAGCAACAACCCGGAGGAGGAGUAUUGGGAGCACUAA